AUGCCUGCAUGCCGGUGCUCUAACUGUGAACCGGAAGCAUCCAAACUUUUGGCUGCCAAUAUGAAGUGGCUUACUCUCAGUAAUUUCGAAGCUGGCCUGAAAAAUCCAGAUAUUCUUGCAAAAUUGGGACGUCAGCACUCAAACAACGAUGAACUAAACAAAAAUGAAGAGGCACAUGAUGAUUUAGAUCCCGACGCACCUAUCAUCAAUCCUAAACCCAAUGGACCUCCUCUUUGCCGGGUGGAAUUAAUGCAGUUGGUCGAGAAUCUAACUUUAACAAUCAAAGAGCAUCAUCGAGUUUUGAUGGAUGAUGAAGACCGACUGAAGGCAUCUGAUUAUAUUGACGAUAACGACAUUUGGCGGGUAUUAAAUAAGAUUUACACAAUUGAAACUUAUGAAGAUGUAUACGAGAUCCUUGGAUGCGAUAUUUUACCAGGUGGAGUUGCUAAAAUAGUUGAUUGUAUUAAUGAGUGGAAGUCGGGUGAUGCAGGUAGUCAAGCUUUGAGCAAUUUGCGUGCAAGAGAGGCUGCGACUAGGUUGAUACAGGCGGAGACACUGGCUAGACUGCAGAAACAACACGAAGAGCGAGAAGCGAAGGCUCGAGAAAGCCGAAUUCUGAUUGAAAAUAAAAGGAAACAAAACACCAUCGAUCGCCUUGCAGAAACAGAAGCAAAAAGACAACGUAAAGAAGAAAGUCUGAAACGGAGGACAGCCGCAACAAAGGCGAAGUCCGAUCAAGUAGCAAAACGUGCUGCUAAUUCACGAAUGAUUGCUGCCCUCGCUUCAGGCAAAUCAAUGGAGGAAGUCGAAGUAGCAGAAGAAAGAAUUAGGCGUGAAAAUUCUGAUCAAGAGAACAAAGUUGCUUGUCCGAAUGCAAAUACAGUCGUGUCUCAAUCAGACUAG